UGCUGCCGCUGCCUCCUGCCUGGGAGCGAGCCCGGCCCCGCCCCACCGCCCGCCCGCCAUUCCCUGCCGCCCGGCCGCCCGCUCGGUCGCUCGGGGGGCUCCGCAGCUCGCAAGAUGGCUGACGGCCGCGACGUCGCCGCGGAGCAGCUGAAGCAGUGGCAGAGCCAGCGGGGCUCGCAGAGGCCAGAUGUCUUGACCACUGGUGCUGGGAACCCAAUUGGGGAUAAGCUUAAUCUUAUGACAGUAGGGCCCCGUGGUCCUCUUCUGGUUCAAGAUGUUGUUUUCACUGAUGAGAUGGCUCAUUUUGACAGAGAGAGGAUUCCUGAAAGAGUUGUCCAUGCAAAAGGAGCAGGUGCUUUUGGCUAUUUUGAAGUGACUCAUGAUAUUACGAAGUACUGUAAGGCGAAAGUGUUUGAACACAUUGGAAAAAGAACACCAAUUGCUAUACGGUUCUCAACUGUUGCUGGAGAAUCUGGGUCAGCUGAUACAGUUCGUGACCCUCGAGGCUUUGCAAUGAAAUUCUAUACAGAAGAGGGUAACUGGGAUCUUGUGGGAAACAAUACUCCUAUCUUCUUUAUUCGGGAUGCAAUGUUGUUUCCAUCCUUCAUCCAUAGCCAAAAGAGGAACCCUCAGACUCAUUUGAAGGAUGCAGAUAUGGUGUGGGACUUCUGGAGUCUUCGCCCCGAGUCUUUGCAUCAGGUGUCUUUCUUGUUUAGUGACCGUGGUAUUCCUGAUGGAUAUCGUCAUAUGAAUGGAUAUGGAUCACAUACUUUUAAACUGAUUAAUGCUAGUGGGAAAGCAGUUUACUGCAAAUUUCAUGUGAAGACUGACCAGGGCAUAAAAAAUCUAUCUGUUGAGGAAGCAGGAAGGCUGGCUUCUACUGAUCCUGAUUAUGGAAUACGUGAUCUUUACAAUGCCAUAGCCCAUGGCAACUACCCAUCCUGGUCUUUCUACAUUCAAGUUAUGACAUUUGAAGAAGCAGAGAAGUUUCCAUUUAAUCCUUUUGAUUUAACUAAGAUCUGGCCACAUGGUGACUACCCUCUCAUUCCUGUGGGAAAGCUUGUCUUGAACAGGAAUCCUGUCAAUUACUUUGCAGAGGUAGAACAGAUGGCAUAUGAUCCUAACAACAUGCCACCUGGUAUUGAACCUAGCCCUGAUAAGAUGCUGCAGGGUCGUCUUUUUGCGUAUGCUGAUACACAUAGACAUCGUCUGGGACCUAACUAUCUACAAAUUCCUGUGAAUUGCCCCUUCAGAGCUCGUGUGGCCAAUUAUCAGAGGGAUGGACCAAUGUGUGUGACCGACAACCAAGGCGGUGCCCCAAACUAUUACCCAAACAGUUUUACUGGUCCAGAAGAUCAACCUGUUGUGAAAGAAAGCCGCAUGUGUGUUUCAGGAGAUGUGCAGCGUUUCAAUAGUGCAAAUGAAGAUAAUGUGUCUCAGGUGAGGGAUUUCUAUAUCAAAGUGCUGAAGGAGGAUGAACGUCAAAGGCUGUGUAAAAAUAUUGCCGAUCAUCUUAAAGACGCUCAACUCUUCAUUCAGAAGAGAGCUGUGAAAAACUUCACUGAUGUUCACCCUGACUAUGGUGCCCGUAUUCAGUCAUUGCUGGACAAAUACAAUGCUGAAACUGGGAAAAAGGAUGUAAUUAAGACAUACACACAAGCCACUUCACGUGUAUCUGCCAAAGAAAGAUCCAACUUGUAAAGUGUGCUACAGAGAUUUACCCUAUGAAUCUUGUAUCCACGUAACUGCAGGACAACUUGUUGAAGAUGUUAAUGAAUGUAGCAGACUUCUGCACAAAUACAGCAGUGUUCUACAGGCUUGAUUUAUUAAGCUUUCAAGUGCCUGUAUCCAUACUGAAAACAGUAAGUUUCACUAGCUAACAAUCCUAGUGCCUUUCAACACUAGUGCUUUACUGCUUGCUAACAAUAUACAGUGUCUUCAAGGAAACUGAUUAAAAAGUCUUUCUAGAAGGAAACAAGUUUAAUCAAAGUUUCUUUUUAAUUUUAUAACUACUUUGGCUAAAUCGCACAACGGAACUUGUCUAAUGAUACUGUGAUUAUCCUUGUGGAUGAACUGUUCACAUUAAAAAGCUGAUACUGCUUAGUAUUGCUAAUAGUUACCUGUAGGUAUUUGUAGACACUUCCUUUGAGUUUAACUUUUGCCUUCCAGAAGGAAAGUACAUAUGCAGUAAUUUUACUAAAACUGGUUCUUUCUCAUUCAGUAUAACAAAAA